AAAGUAGAAAUUUACACCGACAUGGCUAAGAAUGUCUUUGAAAUCAUAUCCUAAGAUGGGACGCAUGAGCAUAGAUCAUUGUCGGCCCGGCCGUAAUAGAUGAUGUCUCACGUUAAAUAGGUCGAGCAUUUGAGCUCCGAAGCCUCCGGACGAGAUCAAAUCAAUGGCGAGCCUGCUCGAGAGAUACCAGAAACUGGGAAUCGGCGAGUCGCUGCCAAGAAUCCACAGAUACCCAAUUGCCUGUAAGGAGCUGAGCUUCAUCCUCAGGGGUGCUUACAAAAAAUUCCCCAAGAACGUUCAGUCCCUCAUCUUCCAAGACACCCUCGCCGCCUUUCGCCUCCUUCCCCGGAUGCAGACACAGACUGCAGUAUCAGCAUCAAAUUUACUCGCUCAAGCAGCAGAGGUGGCAUUGCCGAAGCAAAAGAAGAGCUUGGCUGCAAAAGAAUUUAAGCAUGCGAAAAUUGCUCAGAAGAGGCAAUCAAAAGUGCAGCAGGAAGGAAAAGAUUGUGCUCAGCUGCCUCAAGAUGUUCUUAUGCACAUAAUGAGUUUCCUUGAUUUUCAGUCUUUAGUCUCUGUGGGAGUCAUCUGCUGGUCAUGGAAUUUAGCAGCCGGUGAUGACUCUCUAUGGAAGGCACAAUACACGAAAAUAUUUGGUCAUCAAGAUGCAAGUUUGAAGACUGAGAAUAGCUGUAAUGAGACUGCCCGUCGUGCUCAUCGUAGAGCCAUGCUAGACGAGAUUUCUGAUAAAUCAUUUAUCAAUUGGAGAGAGGCCUUUAAAAAGGCAUAUACAGGGAAAUCCUCGAGAAGACUAAUAUCAAACAGGGGAUAUUGUAGACACUGCAAAACAAUUGUUUGGCUCAGGUGCACCGUUUGCUCGAGUCAACACCCAGAACAUAGAUCUGGCAUUAGUCAAAUCAAGCCUGUGCAACCCCACCAGGUUGUAAACUAUUUAUUGGAUGAGUUUUCGUCUUCGGAUAGUGAGAGUGAUAGUGAUACAGAGGGGCAUCCCGUUUCAAGGUUAUGGGCCUAUAGCAAGGCCACUCAUCACAGAUCCUAAGCCCUUCAUUUGGAAUGCAAAAAGUGUACGGCGUUUUGGAUGAAUAUGCAUGGGACUUCGAUCGCAGCAAAAUUUUCACAUAUACGAGUACAUACCUGGCUGAUUUUACGGCUGUGAACUCGUCUCAGCAAAUCGGUGAAGUAAGAGGAAGAGAGGAGGAAAAUCCAUGAAAAAACCAUGAAGAUUUCCUCGCCAAACCAAUUUGGUUUGCUAUAUUGGGACAUAUCAAGUAAGGGGAGCAUGCAAUAGUUAUAGAGAUCACAGUGCCACAGUGAUGAGAUCAAUAUUAUUGUAUCGUCAUUACGAACUUUCGACACAUUGUGAUACAUGAGAUAUGAUCCCUCCGAUGAUUUUCCAUAAGUUGUACGAUUGCGAUUGAA